AUGGACUCGAAGUCGUCGCAAGAUGCUCCUCCUCCUCCUAGCUACGAGGAGGCCAUAAAAGAUAGCCACACGCCGGCUCCUCCCCCAAGACCAACAAGACCUGCAAUGGCAACCCCGUCCCCAGCUACUUCAAACCCAAGUCCAAGUCUAAACUCCCGCCCCCCACAAUCAAAUAACUCGAACCAGAACGAUGGUACCUUAUACACUACGAAUCCAAACUUACCUUUCAAAUAUCCAAGAGGCCAUUUUUGCCAGAAAUGUAAAAAUUCGGGUUUCAAGUUGAAAAAUGGUAAAGCUUGUAGAGACUGCUGGUCUAAAUUCUAUCUACAGAAUAAUUCGUAUAAUCCAAACCCCCAAUUACCCUACCGUUAUCCAAAAGGUUAUUUAUGUGAUAAGUGUAAUAACACUGGCCAUAAACUAAAAAAUGGCUUAUCUUGUCAAAACUGUUAUGAGUUAUUUUCUCCUCGUAAUAAAUCAUCCUAUUCUUCUUCGGUUCCUUUCAUGUCUUCUACUUCUUCUGGUUUUGGUUUUGUUGAUAACAUCUUGGGUGGCUCUCGUGCUAAUUUGGUUUCAACAACCUUUAAUUCCUAUGGUACAAAUACGAUGUCUACUACCUCGAGUGGGCCCCUAAGGGUCUUACCUGGUGAUCCAAGAAUAGGUGGAAUCCUCUGUGGAAGAUGUAGAGGAAGUGGGCAAGUCACCUUCUUAUUUGAUAACGAUUUAUGUAAUGUUUGUGGUGGAACUGGUAGAAUUUUAACCCAACAUCCUCCACACCCUCCUCCAAUGCAUCAUCCACCACCGCCUAAUUUCAAUCGUCCUCCCCCACAGAAUCCUUACUAUAAUAUUCCUGGUCAAUGGAAAAACUGA